AAAAUAUAGGGAAAUCGCAGAUAAUAAAAGUCAAUAAACUGCGAUAACUCUCUCUUCUUCUUCUUCUUCUUCUUCCUCUUUCGUUUUGGUGACACAUUCUUAAUUCUUUUCAUCACAGAUCACAACCUAGAGAGAGAGAGAGAGAAAGAGAGAAAGAGAGAGAGAGGAGAUAGAAAGUGCAUUAAACCACCAUUUUGCCCUUCCUCUCUCUCAUUCGCACCAUGAACGAGAAGGCCAACGUUUCCAAAGAGCUCAACGCUAAACACAAAAAGAUACUGGAAGGACUUCUUAGGCUACCAGAGAAUAAGGAAUGUGCUGACUGCAAAGCUAAAGGCCCAAGAUGGGCUAGUGUCAAUCUUGGCAUCUUUAUAUGCAUGCAGUGUUCAGGAAUACACAGAAGUCUUGGGGUACACAUAUCAAAGGUUCGCUCUGCAACUUUGGACACCUGGCUCCCAGAGCAGGUCGCAUUCAUUCAAUCGAUGGGAAAUGAGAAGGCAAAUAGUUACUGGGAAGCAGAAUUACCCCCACAUUAUGAUAGAGUUGGAAUUGAAAAUUUCAUUCGUGCAAAGUAUGAAGAUAAGAGAUGGGUUGCAAAGGAUGAGAAACCGAAAUCACCUUCUAGUUUCCGAGAAGAGAAAACUCCUUCACAUUUGCAAAAGCCAGUGGAAAAAGGUGGGCAUAGUUAUGCAGGUGUGUCUGAGAAUACUUUUGAGGAGAGGAAGAAAAUCCAACCAUCAAAUGCAAUGCCUGCUACAAGAAUUAGUGUUCCUGCACCUCCCAAAGGGCCUGAUCAGGUAAUUCCUGUGGUUAAACCUCAACAUAUUCAGAAAGUGGAACAUGUGGCACCAUCACCACAAGAUGACACUUCAAAACAGACUACUGACAUAACACAAAAUUCCCCUCCAAAAGUUGACUUCGCCACAGAUCUUUUUGACAUGUUGUCUAUGGAUGGUCCAAAUGAAAAGGGCUCAGAGGCAGCGGAUGCUACUGCUGAUGAUAACUGGGCAGGUUUUCAGUCUGCUGCAGAGGCUUCGACAGCUGAGAAAACUGAUGUCCCGAAAUCAGUUGAAAGUGCACCCCAGUCCACUACUGGAAUUGAGGAUUUAUUUAAAGAUUCACCUUCAGUUACACCAAGUUUAACUCCAGAAAAACCACAAAAAGAUGUAAAAAAUGAUAUCAUGAGCCUCUUUGAGAAGAAGGAUACAAUAUCUCCAUUUUCUAUGCAACAACAGCAGCUGGCCAUGCUGGCACAGCAACAGUCUCUUCUAAUGGCUGCUGCUGCUGCUAAAUCUGCUGGUGGGGAUUCCAAGUACCUGCCCAGCUUACAGCAACAUCAGUCUCUUCUAAUGGCUGCUGCUGCGGAUCCCAAUUUAAUGGCCAGCUUACAGAAACAACAGUCUCUUUUUAUGGCUGCUGCUGCUAAAUCUGCUGGUGGGGAUCCCAAUUUAAUGGCCAGCUUACAGAAACAACAGUCUCUUUUUAUGGCUGCUGCUGCUAAAUCUGCUGGUGGGGAUAACAAGUACCCGGCCAGCAUACAACAACCUGGGUCCAAUAUUCCCGUCCAAAGUUGGCCAGCUGCUGGCUACUCAAUCCCAGGUGCGAUGCCCAUGGGCGGUCAGGAAGAGUUUCAGAAACUCAUGCAGACAAUGAACAUGGCUGCAGCACAUUCAGCAGGGAGUUCAGUUCACCAUCCACAGUCGAGUUUCUAUGGUAUGGGGCAAGUAGCUCCAGUUAAUGGUACAACAACAUCGGGAGCGAGCAAACCUCAGUCAGCGUCUCCGGUAUCAUCGACCACUUCAAAGACAGGGAAUGAUUAUGAUUUUUCCUCCUUAACGCAAGGAAUGUUUGCAAAACACUGAUUGAACCUUGCUUGCUUAAAAUUCCCGGCUAUGUCAUAUACCAUAGGAGAUUAGUUAAAUUACAGAAGUGCCUUUCUUUUUCUAUUUCCCUCGACCCGUGUCCUUGGGUUGUAAACCAUUUCUAGAGCUACUGAGCUAGUUCAGUUUUCUUGUGUUCGUGUGAUUUCUUCAUUUGUAUGUAUCUAUAGGUGUGUUCACAAUAAAAUCCAAUGAUAUUAAUCAUUUACUCCUUUUGUUUUUUUUUUC